AUGACUUGUUAUAUCCAUUUACAAUGUAAUCGUGGUUCAUCAUUUGCAUGUCUUGAUUGGAGUGAAACUUGUGAUGGUAUUAUCGAUUGUAUGGAUGGAAUUGAUGAACAAUAUUGUUCGUCAAUAGAAAUUCAUCAAUGUUACAAUAAACAAUGCAUACCAAAAGCUUUUUUUCAAGAUAAUAAAAAUUUUCCUGAUUGUCUCGAUGGUAGUGAUGAACGAUAUGAUGGAAGUUCUCAUAUAAUUAAUAAAAAGAAAAUUUAUGAACCAAUAUUUUUAUAUGAAGAUAUUCUAUGUUAUCAUAUUUUACCACAUAUUAAUAUUUUCCAUCAACCAACUAUUGUUAAAAUAAGUAUUACAUUUCGAGAAAAAGCUUUACGUACAAAUGGUUGUGCUUUUUAUUUAUUAGCUUCACCAAUUGCUAGUUGA